UCGCCAUUCUCUUCUCUGAUCUGAAAAAUCGUUUUCCAUAAAAAAGAUGUCAUUUUUAUUAUAGUUAUUUUAUUUGGGAAAAAGUAAAACUACUAUAUAGAUCCAGUAGAGGUAUUCACUGCAGCAAGUAACAAAUUUAUUGAAUGGGCAAUGAUUGGAAUAAGAAAAGGAUAAAAAACUAAGCUUUAUGGAAGUAGAAGACUUUCUUUAGCAGUAGCAAAAAAAAAAUCAAUAAUUACUACCAUUUUGUGAAGGUCUUAUGUUCUAACGGGAAUCAAAUUUCCCUAAUUAAACAUGGAUGUGAAACCAAAAGCAGAUGCUUUGACCAAAAAGCUGAAGCAAAACACUAAUCAGAACUAUUCUUUUAUCUUAAAUUGCUUAGGCCUUGGGACUUCCUUGUUCUAAUAUUAUGAAGUGUUGAUUGAUACUUUUUUUUUUUAUCAAUUGCCAAAGGUGAUUAGUUUGAAAGGCUUAGAGAGGGAAGUUGGAAGGAAUAAUUUCAUAGUUGAUAAGGACAAACCAUAGAUCAGCACCAAUAACAGAGACCAGAAAGAGAAUCAUAUUAAGCUUUUCACUUUAGAUGAAGAUCAUGCUAGUACCAUUGCUGUAGCAGAAUUGAACAGAGAAAGUUAUCAACAAAAUAACUAAAGAUUCCAGAUGUUUGUUUCGGUGGUAAAAGAAACAAAAAGAAAAAUGGUCAAAAAAUUAAAGGAUAGAAAAAGGAUCAAAGUAGGAUUUCGUCAUUAUUGUUCAACUGGGUUGGUUAUAAUUCUUCUAGCAUCUGUUCCUCACGAACUAAGAAGCAAUGCAAUUGACAAAGGGUAUGUGGCAUAAGUUCUUCUCUACCACUGAAACAUCUAUCACAUUGUAACACGUUUCAAUCACUGUGCAGCUUCCAAUAAACGCCUUUAUGAAUUGGUGAUGGUAAUGCUUUGCUAAGAAAAUCCCAUAACCUCAUACUCCAACUUGUCAUGUACUACAGAUAUUAAAGUAUAAGAACUAUCCCAGAAUCAGUUCCUCAAAAUUGCAUCAUGGGUCAUUAGCAUUCUUGGUGAAGACACAAAUGGAUAACACUUUAAAUCAAGCAUAAUUUCUUUGCUGGCUAUAACCGAGUGGACUCAAGAUUAGAAGGUUCGAAACUACUAAUAAUUAUGAGAAGGCAUUUAUUCCCCAGUUCCAUUUCUUUUUGUUUCAUAACUUCAAUCAGGAAGACGCCUGCGUGCCCGUGAUUCUCAAUCAUCCUUAGCUUUCACCUAAACAAAUCCAAUUAUAUAUAUCCAAAACAAAGCCUCUGAUUCUUUGCGUACGUUGAAAACACAGACCAAACUUCAAUCAAUACCGAAGUUAUCUGAACCACCUCAUUUAGACACUAAAAUAUUGCCAAGCAAUACAUUAAUUCCAUUUCAACCCAAUUCGAUAGAUGCUAAAAUUCUUAUUCUGUAAUGUACUGAAAAAGAAGUCCCUAGAUUGCAAUAUUAUCUUCAUGUUUUAUACAAGUUAUAAAACACACUGAUUUUAUUUUGUACUUGAUCUGCAUGCAGAACAUGAUAACCAAUUAGUGAUGAAGCAGUUGUUAAAUUAUGCAGAGACUAUAGCAGGUUAGGCUGUGAACUAAAGUAUAAAUGAUAAUAAUAAAAAUAAAAACUGGUAUAUAUUCUGUGGUGGGCACAGCACAAUAUGCCUUAUGUCUAGCUCUUUUCCUUCCCGUUGACGUGGUGAUUCCAAUGAAGUCUGUAUUUAACACCAUCACCACCAUCUUCGGAGGAGGCAUAAUUCCUUUUCAAUUGCUUCUGCCAUAAGCCAAACUCAACCCAAAACUCAAAGGAAAGCUAUGAUCUCUCAAAUGUCUUUAAUUACCCCUCAUGCAACAGAAAUCCACACCGCUCACCCUCUCCCAUAUAAAUACCCUUAAUGUCAAAACGCAUGCUACAUCAUUUUCCAUUUUCAUCACAUCAAAGCCUCGUAUACGAUAUUUCAUACACAACCAACCAUGAAAUACAGUGAGAUAUCCCAUUUCAGCCACCCACAACACAAGCUGAGAUUUGAGUACUCAGAAUUCCCCUUCAAAUGUGACGGCUGCAAGGAAGUAGGCAUAGGGUCGCGUUACAAAUGCUCCAUCUGUGACUUCGACCUUCACAUGCACUGUGCCAUGAUAACCUCUCCCACUUUGUUCCACCCUUUCUACACCAAAUGCACCUUCCAGUUCAUGUCCAAACCUCCAGGAGACACACCCCGUUACUGCAACGCAUGCGAGAAGGACGUGAGUGGCUUCGUGUACCACUGCAAAGCAUGCGGCUUCGACCUCCACCCUUGUUGUGCCAAGCUACCAAUGGUUCUUGAUGAUGGCGAAGUGAAGCUUUACUUGUACAGAAAAGUUAGCUCACCCUGUCACCGUUGUGGCAGAAAAGGGCGUAGCUGGAGUUACAGAUCGAAGUGCAAGAACUACAAUCUGCAUGUGGCGUGUGUGAGGGAGAUGUUGGUGGAGAAUUGGCACGAGGUGUAUGUCGGACGCUGCAAAGGAAGGAAUGUUGAUAGCAACAUUCCUAGUCUGAGGAACACACUCUACACUCCUCAUAGCAGUAGGAGGAGUAAAGGGAAGGUGAAGAAGUGCUGUGAAAUUGCUGGUUUGGCUGUGCAGAUUGUGAUAUCAGCUGUGUUGGGAGAUCCAACGGCUCUCAUUGCAGGCAUUGUGGGGUCCUUCAUGUCAAGGGCUUGAUGGCCACGACAGGGAACAUAGUCUAUCACUUUAGUAACUUUUAAGGUUGUAAACUUCACUUCACUGCUUUAAAUUUAUCGUGGUUCUGAUGAUGCUGUUGUUAAUCUGAAUAGACUCUGUUUUUUAUCCUCUAUUUGCUUGUCUUCUAUUAUAU